AAACCUCUACGUUUAAAAAAAAAGAGGCCAAACAGGCUCGGAAGCUGAGCGUUCGUGUGAAUCUAAAUCUGAGUCUGUAAGCGACGAUCGCCCUGGGGUGUGCGCACGUCAAGUACGUAAGGCUCCUCUUCGUCGCAGUCCUCCUAAGAUAAAGGCGAACCGAACGAAAAUGGCGGAUAGGUUUUCCCGCUUCAACGAGGACAGGGACUUCCAGGGUAAUCACUUUGAUCAGUAUGAAGAAGGCCACCUGGAGAUUGAGCAGGCGUCAUUAGACAAGCCUAUAGAAUCGGAUAAUAUUGGACACCGCUUGCUACAGAAGCAUGGUUGGAAGCUGGGCCAAGGCUUGGGGAAAUCUCUUCAAGGUAGAACAGAUCCCAUCCCUAUCGUUGUCAAAUAUGAUGUCAUGGGCAUGGGACGGAUGGAAAUGGAGCUUGAUUAUGCUGAAGAUGCCACGGAAAGGAGGCGGGUCUUGGAAGUGGAGAAGGAAGAUACUGAAGAACUCAGGCAAAAAUACAAGGAUUACGUGGACAAAGAAAAGGCAAUUGCCAAGGCACUUGAAGACCUUCGAGCCAAUUUUUACUGUGAGCUAUGUGAUAAGCAGUAUCAGAAACAUCAGGAAUUUGACAACCACAUAAAUUCCUACGACCAUGCUCACAAACAGAGAUUAAAAGAUCUGAAGCAAAGAGAAUUUGCUCGGAAUGUUUCUUCAAGAUCCCGGAAAGAUGAGAGAAAGCAGGAGAAAGCCCUUCGCCGUCUGCAUGAGCUGGCUGAACAGAGGAAGCAACCUGAAUGUGCUCCAGGAAGUGGGCCGAUGUUUAGAACCACUACUGUGGCAGUAGAUGAAGAAGGAGUAGAGGAUGAUGUGGAUUCAACAUUUCCUAGUAGUUGCUCCUCCUCCUCACCAACUUUGGGGCAAGCUAUCAACAUGACCAUGGAUAAGGGUAUAGCUUGCAGCAGUGGACAAAUCAGUAGUAGUCCUGGACUUGCUCAAGUUCCUGCCCAGAUACCACAAGCUGUUGGUCUGGGAAUUAACAAGACAGGUGUGUCUUUCUCAUUUGCCAAAAAGGCCCCUGUAAAGCUAGACUCAAUUGCUUCAGUAUUCAAAGACCAUGUGGAUGAAUCCAGUUCUCCUGAUGAUGAAGUUAAAAGUGAUGAAAGAACCCAUUCAGAUUCUGGAACUUUGGUAAAAAUUGGAGAAAUUGAGGGAACAAACAGCUCUGACAGCAAGGGAGAAGAAGAUGAGCAGUCACAGGAGAAAGAUGCUACAUUAUCAAAGCUUAAAAAAAUGAAACGGGAUGACGGACCUGUGGCAGUAGAACCAGAAUAUUAUCACUAUAUUCCCCCUGCACAUUGUAAAGUAAAGCCCAACUUUCAGUUUUUGCUGUUUAUGAAGGCAACAGACCAAGUAGAAGCAGAAGCUGCAAGCAAAAAAAUAGCUCGUGAAAGGAAACAAAACAAUUCCCCCAAACUCAAAGUGGCAAAAAGUGAUGAGAAGGAGGCAGCAGCAGAAUGUGUGAUUCCUCAGAAGGAGCAGAGUCCUGCCAACCAAACCAACAAAAUGGAAGAUAAGGACAUUUUGGGGGAAACAAGCAAGAAGGAAGAAAAACAACUUAAAGGAAAUAAUUCUUCUCUAGAUUCAGAGGUUAUUAAAGAGAUUCCCCAGGCUCCAGGAACUAAUAAAGAAACCACAGAAGGGCCUAAACAUUUAACAGGGCCAUUCUUCCCUGUCCUGAGUAAGGAUGAGAGCACCACCCUCCAGUGGCCUUCAGAACUGCUGAUCUUCACCAGAGCAGAACCCUCUGUGUCAUAUAGCUGCAAUCCCUUAUAUUUUGACUUUAAGCGGUCUCGUAAUAAAGACACUAAAAUGAAAGGAACAGAAAAACAGAAAGGUACGAUAAACCUUUCAAAGGAAAAAGUGCAGGCUGCCGAAGAUAGUGAUGCAAGCAAAAGCAAAGAGAAGGAUAUUGUAGCUGGCAGUUCAACUGCAGUGUCGGAAAGCAAGACCUUGGUAAUGUGUGGCAAGCAGGAAGUCAGCCCUAUAAGAACUGGCAAAAGUGAAAAUCUGGAAGACAGCAGCAGAGGCAAUCUUACUAGUCGUAAAGACAAAAUGGGGAAGUCUCACAAACACAAAAAGAAGAAGAAGCACAAAAAAUCCACCAAACGUAAACACAGGCGCAAAUGUGAGGCAGAGGAGAAAAGCAGAGAAGGGGAGUUGGCAGAAGAUAAAUCCAAGAAGCCGAAGAAGCACAAGCACAAAAAGAACAAAUCAUCUUUUCCCACUGAGGCUGAACGGAUGCAAAAGGCUGAGGAUGCUGGCUAUUCUAAAAAAAGAAAGUGGUGUGUACAGGACUCUCAGAGGAAGUCUUUUUCUAUUGAAGAAAGCAGUAAGAAAGAGGAUGGUGGUACUUCUUCCCAAGAUUAUGGCAACAAAAAAACCAAGGGCGACGUGCAGCAGCCUUUAUCUACAAGCAAAAAGCGACCUUCCACCUCCACUUCAGUUUACCCCAGUCAUCGAGUUCAACAGAGCAGUGGUGGCUACGAGAGUGAUGGAGAUUCCUCCUGCCACAAGCACUUCAGGCAGAAAUCAGCAUCACAAUAUAGUGAUGAUUAUGACUCUGGCAGUGACUGUUCACGAAGCUGCUCCCGCUCAGGACAUAGACACUCCUCAAGAAGAUCAUCUCAGAGAUCCUAUUCAUCAACUUCUUAUGCUUCCUCUGACAAUAGUCGGUACAGUCGGCGCCAUAGCUACUCAGAAGACAGCUAUAGCGAUUACACUGACCGAUCACAAAGUCGUACUAAGCACUCCCAUGACACAGAGGAUGAUUCAGAUUAUACCAGUUCCAAGCGCAGGUCAAAGAGGCGCAAGUACUCCUCUUCAGAAGAUGACUACAGCCUAAGCAGAAGCAGGUCCCGGAGCAGGAGCAGAAGUCGAACUCAUACCAGAGGGAGGUCAAGGACAAGAAGUCGAGGAAGGACACGCAGCAGUAGCUGUAGCCACAGUCGAAGUAAACGGCGGAGCAGGAGCCGAACAGGACAUAGUUGGAAACGGAGUAGAAGUUAUAGCCGAGAACGUAGUCGGAGCACAAGAAGCCUUUCACAAAGAUCUCUCACACGGAAGGGGUCCCGUAGUCAUGAAAGCCCUGGAGAAAGAAGAUCUGGCCGGCGUGAUUUCAUCCGAUCGAAGAUAUAUCGCUCACAGUCUCCUCAUUAUUUCAAAGUCAGACAAGGUGAAGGGUUUGCAAGAAAGGACGAAACCAGAGGAGAAGAAGCUGCAGGAGCCUCCAGUCUCUCUCAAAAUAUCAGCAGCUCUAACUUUGGGAACAGCUGUAACUCUGAGGAGAAAAAUUCUGCCACAGCUAAACUCCUUCUGGAAAAAAUCCAGUGUAAAAAAGUAGAGAAGAAAUCUACCAGCAAUGAUGAUUCCAUUACAGGAUCUCACAAGGUAGGAAUUAAACUGAAAGAUCCACCACAGGGCUACUUUGGCCCAAAGCUUCCUCCCUCGUUAGGCAAUAAGCCUGUUCUUCCAUUAAUUGGGAAACUUCCUGCAGUUAGGAAACCAAGCACCAAGCAGUGUGAGGAAUCUGGUUUAGAAAGAGGAGAAGAAUUGGAACUAUCAGAGCUGGAUGAAACAACUCAUGAGAGUGGAGGUAUUGUUUCAGCAAGUCAGCCUCAAGUGGAGGAAACCUUGGUGACAGAAAUACAGGACAAUGUUUCAGCUGAGCAGAACCCAGAAGUAGCCACAAAGCUAGUUCCUGUUCCUCUUGAGGCUCCAGUACCCCCAGAGCAGUAUGGAUCUGGUGACCUGGUUGUUCCACACAACUUCCUCCCUGAUCCCAGUGAGAAUGAAGCUUUAGAGUCUCUUGACAGUGGAAACCAAUCUGUCUCUAUAGAAGGAAGGAUGGUACCUUUAGUUCCAGAUGUCGAGCAUUUUCCUAGCUAUGUAGCGCAAAGUGGGGAGCCCAGCAUCAGUGGGGAGCCUGAAGGCACUGAAGACUCUUCCUUGGCCCCUCUGGAGAGCCAGCCCAUCACUUUCACACCAGAAGAGAUGGAGAAAUAUAGCAAGCUUCAGCAAGCAGCUCAGCAGCAUAUUCAGCAACAGUUUCUUGCCAAGCAGGUCAAGACCUUUCCAGCCUCAGCUGCCCUAGCUCCUGCCACAGCCCCUGCCUUGCAGCCCAUUCAUAUCCAACAACCUGCGGCAGCUGCAGCCACCUCCAUUACAACUGUGCAGCAUGCCAUCCUGCAGCAUCAUGCAGCAGCAGCUGCUGCAGCCAUAGGAAUCCACCCUCACCCACAUCCCCAGCCUCUUGCUCAAGUACAUCACAUUCCCCAGCCCCAUUUGACACCUAUCUCAUUAUCCCACUUAACUCAUUCAAUCAUCCCAGGGCACCCUGCUACAUUCCUGGCCAGCCACCCUAUCCAUAUCAUCCCUGCUUCUGCCAUCCACCCGGGUCCUUUCACUUUUCAUCCUGUCCCUCAUGCUGCCCUCUACCCAACUCUCUUAGCUCCCCGACCAGCAACCGCUGCUGCCACAGCAUUACAUCUCCAUCCCCUUCUGCAUCCCAUUUUCUCAGGGCAGGAUUUGCAGCAUCCUCCUAGUCACGGCACAUGAAGAAGUGAGAAAGAGGUGGCCUCUCUUGGGGAGAACAUAGGAGUAUAUAUCUCUGUGUGCAUUGGUGUUUUGUACAGACUGUCUGAAGGCUAUAACUGACACCAUCUGAGAAUAGUGAAAUGGGAGAACUGGGUGUGGAAAGGGGAAGUGAAUGUAACAUAUCCAUGGAAAGGGGGGAAAUGUUGCUGGUGUUUUGCUUGUCAGUAUUUUCAGGGUCCUCUGCACCCAGAGAGGUGACUUACUCACAUCUAUAUGAAUGUGAAGUUCUUCAGCAAAUAUGCUCCUCUUAAUUGCUGAUACUUGUGUUUUUAAAUCAUUUCCUCUCCACCCUGAAAUUCUGAGUGAAUAAUAUCUAAAUUAUUUGCCUUCUUUAUUUGCUAUUUAUUUGAGUUCACUUUAAAGCUUAAAACUUUAAGCAAAAG